UUGUGGUAUAUAUGUAUCACAUUGGCUUGAUAGAAAAUGAAGAAAAGUGAUGUAGUCUUUCUAUGCUGUGCAAAAGUUUACAUUGUGUUUCUUCUAGAACUUGACUGUAUUUUAAACAAGUUUUACAGGAUACCUUCUUUUUUUCACGACUUGUCUGCGACAGUGCAUGAUUGAUUUGGAUGUAUGGAUACAGGAGACAGGAUUAUUUAGCAGCCAGUUACGGUGACCCUCGUGUGAGCUGGAUAGCAUUUUCGUCCUGGAUAUAGGAAAUGUUGCUGUCCGCUGCUUGGAAUUAUAUAGCAUAACUAGAUUAGAUCGAUCAACACCAAGAUAGAUUGUGGGAUAAUACCGAUCAAACAAACUAAAUGACCAUGAGAAAGGUCCUAUAACUCCUAUGAACUACAUUUCAACAAGGAAAGUACCCUAACUGCAAGAAGGACUAAGCAACUGGUGAAUCAUACUAAGAAAUAGAAUUUAUUCAUAGUUAUAGUGAAAGUCCCAUAACUUCUUCAAUAUUCCAUGACAACGAGGGAAGUGCAAUAACUCCUUCAGGAAUACAUGACAACAGUCCAAGUCCCAUAACUCCUUCAAGACGCUAUGACAACAAGUGAAUUCUGAUAACUCCAAGAAGGACCUAUAGUCGCAAUGCCGGGCAAGCAGACUUUGUGUUGUUGUUUUGGCGGUCGACCGCCAGACAUAAAGUACGAGAUGGACGGUGCGAUGACAAUGAAGCCGAUGACGGUCGAUAUCCCAAUGCCGACAGAUGAAAACGAACUGAACUCAAAGUUUGAAGAGCUUGUGGCUGAGCUGGACUUGGACAAGACUCACCGAGAUGCAAUGUUCAGUCUCCCGCCGGAGAAGAAAUGGCAGAUCUACUGUAGCAAGAAACAGGGUAUGGGUGACGCCAACUGUCCGGACUACUAUAUUGAACGCAUCAAUGCCAUGACCUGCAUAAUCAGUUACAAUGAAGAAGAAAUGGAGCUAAGGGAGACAACUGUAGAGAACCUAAAAACUGCACUGAGAACUCAACCGAUGAGUUUUGUGACACAGUUUCUGGAGUUUGAUGGUGUACAGUGCCUGGACGGGUUCCUCUUGAGAAUGGACUAUAAGAUUGCUGAGAGUAACAUCCACACAUCUAUCAUUGGCUGUUUCAAGGCUCUCAUGAACAACUCGCAAGGCAGAGCCCAUGUGUUAGCCCAUCCCAACAGCGUCAACAUCAUAGCCCAGAGUUUGAGUGCUGACAACAUAAAGACUAAGAUAUCGGUGUUUGAGAUUCUGGGAGCCAUGUGUCUUGUGCCGGGCGGUCACAGAAGAGUCCUAGAGGCAAUGUUACACUACCAGAAAUAUGCAUGCGAGAGGACACGGUUUCAGAGCCUGGUCUAUGAUCUGGAACGAAGUACGGGUGUUUACAGAGAAGAGGUGAACCUGAAAACCGCCAUCAUGUCUUUCAUAAACGCCAUCCUCCGGUGUGGACCAGGAAAGGAUUACCUGGAGUUCCGGUUACAUCUUCGAUACGAGUUCCUCAUGUUGGGGAUCCAGCCUGUCAUCGAAAAGCUCAAGAAACAUGACAAUGCAACACUUACAACACAUUUAGAGUUCUUUGAGAUGAUGCGAAAUGAUGAUGAAAAAGUGCUAGCCAAAAAAUUUGAAGGUGCUCACAUAGACACAAAGAGUGCAAGCUCGAUGUUUGAACUUUUGCGUAAGAAGUUGUUCAUGACGCCGGCGUACACCAAUAUGUUGUCUCUCCUGCAACAUCUACUCCUCAUUCCAUAUGCCAACACAUCAUUCACAACGGGAAUGUGGCUUCUUAUAGACAAGAUCAUACAACAGGUUGUUCUCCAGAAAGACGGGAAGGACCAUGAUUAUGAAACACUCGAGAUCAAUGUCCGAAAAACCAUCCUCAUGUUAACAAAUGAAACAGACAUCAAAUCAUACCAGCAGAAGCUCCGAGAGGUAGAAAAAGCACACGAUGACCUUCAGUCCAAGCUCACGAAGAAAGAGCGUGAGGCAGAAGUACGUCAUCAGGAGAAGGAGGAAUUGUUGGACACGGUGAACAAGAUGAAGACCAAGCUGGAGAAAGAGACGGCAGCGUUGUCCGAGACGAGACAGCAGAUUAACGACCUGGGCCGAUACGUGGAGGAACUGAAAGCUCAGCUGGAGGCAGAGAGAGGAGAGCGAAUGAAACUUCAACACCUUGUGAAGACCGGUAGCCUUCCUGAUGAUGCCAAGGUGGGGUUGUCAACCUCAACCAUGAUCCAAGGGGUUCUCCCAACUUCCUUCAUAUCCCCCGCCCCACGUGGUGGGGCAGUACCACCCCCUCCCCCUCCGCCAGGGAUGGUGCCCCCACCCCCUCCAGCACCUGCAUCUGACAUUGUUGAUGGUUUUCCCGGAGCCCCGCCAUUGCCAUCAAUGUUUGGAAAGCCUGGAGGAGCCCAGAGGAAAAAUGUGCCCAAGCCCAAACAGCCCCUGAAAUCCUUCAACUGGACAAAACUGGAUGAUAACAAAAUUAAAGACACCAUAUGGACAGAUAUUGAUGACACAAAGCUCUAUUCAUUACUAGACCUCCAGGACUUUGAGAACACAUUCUCCGCGUAUCAAAAGAAAUCAGACGACUCAGAAGACACAAGAACCUCUGGGAAAUCGCCACCAAAGAACAAAGAAUUAUCAGUGAUAGAUGGUCGCCGGGCUCAGAACUGCACCAUUCUACUCUCCAAAUUGAAGAUUUCCAAUGAGGAAAUCAGGGCAGCUAUACUUAGUAUGGACGAACAUGAAGACAUUCCAAAAGAUAUGCUAGAACAGCUGCUUAAGUAUGUGCCAACCCCUGAAGAGAUGCAGCUGUUAUCAGAGCUUGGUAGCGAGACAGAAAACCUGGCGCGGGCCGACAAGUUCCUUUUUGAGAUGGGCAAAAUGACCCAUUAUGAACAGAGGGUAAAAGCCUUAUACUUUAAGAAAAAAUACCAGGACAGAAUGUCAGAUAUCAAACCAAGAAUUGAAGCGGUAUAUGAAGGCUCCAAACAGCUCAUGAAAAGCAGGCGUCUCAAGAAGCUUCUGGAAAUCGUGCUGGCAUUCGGUAACUACAUGAACAGGGGCCAGAGGGGUAACGCACGGGGUUUCACAGUGACAAGCCUCAAGAAUAUGAUGGAUACGAAGUCCAGUAUCAACAAGCAGGUCACCCUGCUGCAUUACAUGGUCGAUACUGUGGAGAAAAGGUUUCCUGAUGUAUUGAAGAUAGGAACAGAUCUCAGCUUUAUCAAAACUGCUUCCAAAGUAAAUUUUUCGGAGCUGGAUAAGGAGCUAGGAACAUUGCGUGCUGGUUUGAAGGAAAUUGAGAAGGAGCUGGCUUACUUCCAGCAUCACACACCAGCCUACGGUGACAGGUUCAUUUCAGUGAUGUCACAGUUUGCGACCGUGGCAACCUACAACUUCUCAGACGUAGAAGAAGCACAUGCAGAGAUGAAACAAAAGUUUGAGACGUGUCAAAAAUGUUUCGGAAUCCAAGAUGGCGGUCAACCGGAUGAGUUUUUCGGGAAUUUCAGCUCUUUUAUGACGUCGAUGGCAGACGCACGGGAUGAGAAUGAGAGAAUACGUAAACAGAAAGAGGAAGAUGAAAAACGUGCGCAUUUGGAGGAAAAGUUGAGAAAGGAGCGUGAACAACGAUCGCUGAAGAGAGGCAAUGGGAUGGUGAAUGGUCAAGUGAACGGCAGUGAUAAAGGUGAAUUUGAUGACCUUGUAUCAGCUUUGAGAACAGGGGAUAUUUUUGGAGAAGAUAUGGCCAAGAUGAAAAUACGCAACAAGAAACGCAUCUCGGCAGCAGUCAACACUUCUCGGGAACGCGUCAGUUAAACAAAAUGAUGGAUUACUUACCUUUAAAUAGAUUUUGUGAAAAUGAGGAUGGAUUAUGAAUUUCUUUACAUUAAAAAGAGAAUCAGUCAAAAUUUACCUCAUCUGUUUUAAAGUGAGCAAUUAAUUGUUUUUAUUAUUAAAUCAAAUGAAAGAUCAAUUGGUCAUCUUUAUAACUUGUGUCAAGUUGAAUAGAGGAUGAUCUUGUUGGUAAGAAAAUGAAGUGAUAUCAGUCAAACAAACCCUUAAAAUGUGUCCAGUAUUGUUUAGCAAGUGGACACAAGUGAAAAACACAUUUCAAAAGCUUCUUGUUGAUCUAAAGCAAGGCAUCAACUAUUUGAAGCAUUGAAGAGUUCUGAAGGGAAGAAUGAAAUGCAGUUUUAAGUUUGGAUUAACUACAGUACUUCAAAGUGUAAGGCAUAGGUAUUUCUUAAUUUGCGAAGGAUAUUUAGAAAUUGUUACAAGGGAAUAAAGAAAAUUGUUAAGGAUUUGAGCUAUGUCAGUGAGAGGUGAUUCUGAACAGAACAUUAUACAAUGUCAUGAAUAGAUUCAACAGCACUGAAUAUUGUAUAGAGGCCCAGAAACAGGGUGUACUGCGUUGGAACCAAACACAAUUGUCCGCAGUUGUCAGGUCAAAGAAGUGACAUUCCAGUACAUAUACAUGUAUGUUUGUGUAAAAGUUGUAAUGUGACAGUCAAACUUCAAUGUUCACUUGGCGUUUCGUUCUGUACAUUAAACUAUUUUGUAAAUAUAAAAUACAUGUAUAAACCUCAGGUGAAUGAGAUGCUGACAUUUCAGUUUUAUAUGUGUUCGUAGAGGAGUUAUUAAUUAUGUUUAUACAAAAAUAUGACGUUUAUAUAUGAACGGUAUUAUCUGUGUUAUAUUUUGUGUAAAUGUCACUGUGAUUUCAAACCAUGUUGCAGUCUUUGGUAUAUACAUGUAGCUGCAGUUUCUUAAAAGCUUUGUACUAUCCAAACUUAAAACGUGUGUCAGCUUGUCUGUUUUCAAAAAGAAAAGACAAAUUAUUAUCAUAACCUAAUUAUCGUCACGGACCUAUCAACCAUUGUUGGUAACCUGCCCAAUAUGGAUUAAACCUGUGAAACGAUAAGAUGAUAUAACUUACCCACAAUCUUUAGUAUGCUAGACAAGUAUUGGGAAAUUCUGCCAGUUCUUCAAUCAGUUUAUGGGUCCUAGGUAUCGUCAUAGUGGGUGACAUUGUACAAACUCUUUAACCUGGGUCAUAAAACACAGUCCAGAUAUUUCAUUGGAACUUGGUACACAUGAUGAUAGAGACAAUAAGCACAUGUAUAGCAGAGUCCAUAACUCCGGCUUAAAUAUUUUCCGAGUUAAGCCCCUUAAUUGACUGAGGAAAAUAAGCAUUGAUGUUUGCUCGGAGGAUCUCUUGUGCAUAUAUAUAUGUAUAUUAUGGUAAAGUUUUUACAGAAUCAACAUUAUGUACAAUGUACAGUGUACAUAGACAGAAUUUGAUCUUUCUGUACGGAUAGUGUGACGCAAAAUUGGUGAAUAAAUCAGAUAUCUAAUUAAUUAACAAACUACAUUUAUGUAAUGCAGAGAUUAUCCUUUUUUUAAAUUUCUGAAAAUAUUAGUAUUGUAAAAAAAGCUUUAAUGAACAAAAUUUAUAGGGCUGAACAGUUAGUUAUACUUUAUAGAACUUUUUUUCUCCAAAUUCAUUAUUUUUGAUAGAUGUUAUUUUUUGUAGAAUAUUUUGUCAAAGGUUGAAUGAAUUUAAAUAUGAUUCAAGAGCUUAAAUUAAUGCAUAUUAUACAUAGCUUAUUUGCAGUUCAAAUAUAUUUUUCAUGAUUAUGUUGAUGUUUUUUCAAGACUGAUCAUUUUGGUGCAAUAUUAGAUAUUAGAGCUACUGUAUAUAAGUAUUUGUAUUUCGUGCUGAAUCUUGACAUCACAUUUUCCUCGUAGUCAACAGAUAUAUCAUAUAAACUUAUAUUAUUCAUAUGUAUUGAUGAAAUUUUGAUAAACACUUCAAUAGUUUGGUCAAAAUAUUUGUAUUUGAGUUGCUUCCCUUGUACUGCAUUAUGAGCUAUUAAGUUAAUAGUAUAAAAUACUGUCUGUGAGUAUGAUUAAUAAUUUUUUACUGGUCCCAGUUUCAAUCAUCAGUUUUAAAGAAAUUGGGGGCUAAAUAAUUCUCAGUAGACAGAAGAUGACAUAAUAGUAUGCAUGUACACUGUACCAGAUAUAUAGCCACACUAUUAAUGUUUUAAACCCUAUGGAAGUUUUUUAAAUAUCUGAUCCUGCAAAAAUGAAGAUAAAAAUAUACAGUUUUUUUUUAAUCAGAAGUCUUUUCAUCUGCAGUACGACAGUUUAUACAGAUUUGUGGACAGUGUUUUUGUUGAUUGUAUACCACUUUUCAUGGGUUGUCCUGAUAUGUUUUGUUUCCUAAUUUAUUUUACAGGUAUUCCAUUUAUUAAUAAAAGCUAUGUAA